ACUCUUGCCCUCUAGUGCCUCGGCAGCUUGGUAGCAGUUUGAUGGCUAAUAUUAAUAAGAUGUUACAUAACACAAGAGCACUGGGCCAGGACUGGUGUUGCUGCCACUUGUAAGCCAAAAAGCCUGAGCCGUUGAUAGCGGAUGCUCCUGUUCCGGUGUCUUUUCCAUCCAUUGAAACUUUCUCCAGCACUUCCAGCUCUUUGACCUGUAUUUCCAGAUUGUAUUUUCUGUGAGUCCUGAUCAAAUGAUACAAAUGCGCUGCAAUGGUGACAUAAACUGUUGACUGAGACUGGAAAAGUAUCUGAAACACCAUCUUUUCUUUUACUUUUUGAUGGUGCUUCUAUCGGAAUAGUCAAGGAAAGUAUAUACAACAUGAGUUUUAUCAUGAAGCUUCACAGACACUUUCAAAGAACCGUUAUUCUGCUUGCCACAUUUUGUAUGGUGAGCAUUAUCAUUUCUGCUUACUACCUGUACAGUGGCUACAAGCAGGAAAACGAACUUUCUGAGAUGGCUUCAGAAGUGGACUGUGGUGACCUCCAACACCUACCCUAUAGGCUAAUGGAAGUGAAAACGAUGAAGCCUUUUGAUGCCUCAAGGACAGACUCCACAGUCCUAGUGUUUGUGGAGAGCCAGUACUCAUCCCUUGGUCAAGACAUCAUUAUGAUUCUGGAAUCAAGUAGAUUCCAGUAUCACAUUGAAAUUGCCCCUGGAAAGGGAGACCUCCCGGCACUCAUAGACAAAUCUAAAGGCAAAUAUAUUCUCAUUAUUUAUGAGAAUAUUUUAAAGUAUAUAAAUAUGGACUCUUGGAAUCGAAGCCUUCUAGAUAAAUACUGUGUAGAAUAUGGUGUGGGGGUCAUUGGAUUUCACAAAACUAGUGAGAAGAGUCUUCAGAGCUUUCAGUUAAAAGGGUUCCCAUUCUCCAUCUAUGGAAACCUUGCAGUAAAAGAUUGUUGUAUUAACCCUCAUUCUCCAUUGCUUCAUGUGACCAAAUCUUCUAAGCUUGAAAAAGGUUCUUUACCUGGAACUGACUGGACAGUGUUUCAGAUUAAUCACUCAGCCUACCAGCCAGUAAUAUUUGCCAAAGUAAAGACCCCAGAAAACCUUUCUCCUCUCAUCUCUAAAGGUGCUUUUUAUGCCACUAUCAUACAUGACCUGGGGCUUCAUGAUGGAAUUCAAAGAGUACUUUUUGGCAACAACUUGAACUUUUGGCUACACAAGCUCAUCUUCAUAGAUGCCAUCUCCUUCUUAUCAGGGAAGAGGCUUGCAUUGUCCUUGGACAGGUACAUCCUUGUGGACAUUGAUGAUAUAUUUGUUGGAAAGGAGGGAACGAGAAUGAACACCAAUGAUGUAAAGGCCCUGCUUGAUACUCAGAAUCUUUUACGUGCACAAAUCACAAAUUUUACAUUCAACUUGGGAUUUUCAGGGAAAUUUUACCAUACAGGAACUGAAGAGGAAGAUGAAGGAGAUGACUGUCUGUUGGGGUCUGUGGAUGAGUUCUGGUGGUUUCCUCACAUGUGGAGCCAUAUGCAGCCCCACCUCUUCCACAAUGAGUCAUCUUUGGUGGAGCAGAUGAUUCUCAACAAAAAAUUUGCCUUAGAGCACAGCAUUCCUACGGACAUGGGCUAUGCAGUGGCUCCUCACCAUUCGGGCGUCUACCCUGUACAUGUUCAGCUUUACGAGGCCUGGAAGAAGGUUUGGAACAUUAAAAUCACCAGCACUGAAGAAUACCCACAUCUGAAACCAGCUAGAUACCGGAGGGGCUUUAUCCACAAAAACAUCAUGGUUCUUCCAAGACAAACAUGUGGGCUUUUCACUCACACAAUUUUCUACAAAGAAUAUCCAGGUGGUCCUAAGGAGCUGGAUAAGAGUAUCCAAGGAGGUGAACUGUUCUUCACUGUGGUCCUCAACCCAAUCAGCAUUUUCAUGACCCAUUUGUCCAACUACGGGAAUGACCGUCUGGGAUUAUAUACAUUUGUUAAUCUGGCCAACUUUGUGCGAAGCUGGACCAACUUGAGACUUCAGACUCUGCCUCCAGUGCAACUAGCUCACAAGUAUUUUGAGCUCUUUCCUGAUCAGAAAGACCCUCUCUGGCAGAAUCCUUGUGAUGACAAACGCCACAGAGACAUUUGGUCUAAAGAAAAAACUUGUGAUCGCUUACCAAAAUUCUUGGUAAUAGGACCCCAGAAAACUGGUACCACUGCUUUGUAUUUGUUCCUGGUUAUGCAUCCUUCCAUCCUUAGUAACUCCCCCAGCCCAAAAACCUUUGAGGAGGUACAGUUCUUUAAUAGAAAUAACUACCACAGGGGGAUUGAUUGGUAUAUGGAUUUCUUCCCAAUCCCAUCUAAUGUCACCACUGACUUUUUGUUUGAGAAGAGUGCCAACUACUUCCACUCAGAGGAAGCCCCUCAUCAGCGAUCACAUGAUGACCCCGCAGCUCUGAAGUUUAGCUUCUAUGAAGUGAUCUCAGCUGGGCCCCGUGCACCUUCGGAGCUAAGAGCCUUGCAGAAGAGAUGCUUGGUCCCGGGGUGGUAUGCCAGUCACCUCGAGAGAUGGCUUGUUUAUUUCCCCCCCUUUCAGUUGCUAAUUAUUGAUGGGCAACUGCUAAGAACUGAUCCUGCUACCGUAAUGGAUGAAGUACAGAAGUUUCUCGGAGUCUCUCCUCAUUAUAAUUACUCAGAAGCGUUAACGUUUGAUUCUCAUAAAGGUUUUUGGUGUCAGUUACUGGAAGAAGGUAAAACAAAAUGCCUUGGAAAGAGCAAAGGAAGAAAAUAUCCUCCAAUGGAUUCUGAUAGCAGAACAUUUCUAUCAAACUACUAUCGAGAUCACAAUGUGGAACUCUCAAAGUUGCUGCACAAACUGGGGCAGCCUCUGCCAUCCUGGCUGAGACAGGAGUUGCAGAAAGUAAGAUAGCACUGAGAGAAAACUCUCGAGACUUCACCUUCCAAGUAAAACCCAUUUUUUCCAAAGCUUCCAGAAGCUGCCAAAAGGCUGUUGAAAAUAUACCUCUUCAAAUGAGAAUAAAGAACAAAGUUCUUCCAUGUGCUGGCACGUGGAUGAAAAAAAAGAAAAAGUAUCUGUUACAAGCCUUGAGGCCUAUGGCCUUCCUCUUAACCCAUAUCUGAGCCUGUGGGAUUAUUGUAGACUACUGUGCACUCAUGUGGAAAUCAAUAGCAACCAACAUAAAUAUCAAACACAGAUGCAGAAUUGUUCCAUUUCAUAGUAAUAUUUACACUUUUAUGUAUCAACUAGGAUUGUGUCUCUGUAGAUUUUUAGACCUGUUUGUACAAUGUUUUCUUAUUCUUUGAUUCUAUAAAGUAUCCUACAAAACAAAAACAAACAUUGCAAUGUAGCAUAAAAUGUCAAAAGCAUAACACCCAUGAAAAAUGCUUGCCAAAAUUUAAUUCCUCUGAAAUAUUUAGAAAUAAUAGUAAAUUAUAAUUUGUCCUAGAUCAGAGAGUGGAAAAGUUAUGUAUGAACUUUAUCUGCAUCAAAAAAAGGUGCAAACAAAAGGUGAUUUCUCAUAUACAUAGUCUAGUGCAUAUGUAAAAAUUACUAACUCCUCCAUCAUAAUGUAACUGUUAUACUGAAGUAUAUAUUGUAAAUCUGUUGAAUGGUAAAUAGAACACAUUGAGUAUUCCAAAACAAUAAAUAGCAUAAAGCAUAUUGACUAAAUCCUCUAAAAGGGAGAAAUUAUAGGGGUCUAAAGAUACACUGAGAACUCUAUGUCCACUUGCUGUAACUGCUCAUUUACUCUGGUACUCCUUACUAGUUCUACAGAAACACAUGCAUGCAUAGAAUCUGAGGUGUGUGUCCUCUUCAGAAAACAGAUUUGACUUUUAAAUGUGAGUAGCUUUUUUUAGAUGUUCCCCGGAGUAAAACCUAUUAAAUGAAAACUAAGGAUAGAUUCCCUAGAUAAAAUGUGUAGGCUACUUACCUUUAAAUUAUUGGAAAACUACAUUUUACAAGGAAGUUCAACAUAAAUUAGUGUAAUAUAGAAAUUUAUAACAGAAACAAAUUAAUAUAUGAUUUCUAAUACAAUAUUUGCAAUACUUUUGAUACAAGGCAAAGAAACAUAAGCAGAGCAGAAUCGCAUUUUUGAAAAUAUUUCACAUCUCACUGUGGUGGAAGAUAACAGAACAUAGUUAAAUUUAUGGAUUACUGAUGAAAUUAAAUGCAAAAAGUACAAAUAUAGGCAAGACACAGUUCUUGAAAUAUAGUUAUACUUAAAUUUUAAAUGACAUACAUGGUAAAUAAAAGAAAAUAAGUCAUACUUAUUUUUCUGUUAAUAGUUACUCAAUGUUUAAAUGUACUAUACACAUGCAUAAAACUUAAGUGGUAAAUAAAUUCCCUGCUAUGACAAUAAGCCUCUCUGAAAUAUUAUCAAAGGUCUGAUUAGAAAAAAUAUGCAAAGAGAAUCUGUAAUAUUUUCAUUGCCAUUAUAAUAUAUAAAAUUAAACUCUUAUUCACUACCCAAAAACCAAAUUGUGAUAUCCUCCCAUUUACUAUAAAUUUUUAAUGUACAUAGUAAUUACUAAUUUAAUUUUUAAAAAUUUUAUGUAUCCAAAGAAUACAAUAAUUUUUAAACAAGCUAUUAGCACAAAGAAUUGGAGAAAUAACCAAUUAUGUAAGACCCGAUUGUAAAAGCAAAAUCAAAGUCUUUAGAACAAAUACAACAAACUUAGUCUUCAUACAGCUGCCUCUUUUAAAGCAGCACAUGACAAACAUGCUAGGAAAAUUAUCAUCUCUCAUCUCUGCUAAUUAAGAAAACUGGCAGCCGGGCUCGGUGGCUCAGCCUGUAAUCCCAUGCUUUGGGAGGCUGA